AUGAGUAACAACGAAUGGUGGAUUGAUGGUGAUUUGCCACCGCCAUCUAUGCGGCAGAAAUAUAACCUUGUGCGACACUUUACUCCUUUAUCAUAUUGUUCACCACAAUUUUCACCGCAAAAUCGUCAACCAGAAGAAAAGGAUAAAGUUUUGGAGCAACGUUUGAAAAAUUUAAAUAUGGAUACGAGUAAAAAGCAAGUGGAAACGUUAUCAUCAUUAGAGGAGCGGGCGAAAAUGCUGAAGAUAAAUGAUGAGAGUCAGCAUACCUCUUCAAUGAGUGAUAUAGAACAGCGACUGGCAAAUCUUCGUGGUCUACCAGUGGAGGAUAUCAGAUAUCCGAGGUUUGCUACUGUGUACAGAAAUGAAGUUGAAGAAGAAACAGUUGAAAAAUUGAUGAGACGAGCAAAAGAUGAAAUCAUGUUAGAGAAAAAGUUGGAUCGUUCUGAUAAAUUGGAUGACGAACAUGAUGUUAAUUCAGAAGAAUUCAUUAAAAUGUGCACAAGUAAUGCCUCUGUUCCAGAUGAGUUAAGCGGAGAACUACCUUUAUCAGAUAUAGAUAUAAUGGGUCAGGAUACAAUUCGGAAUUUGAAAGAGAUACAACAAACGAUGAAAUUGGCUAAGCAACGAAGUGUGAAGGCAGCUAAGCUGACAGGCAUAGGCAAUGAUAACCAUUCGAUGGACAAUGAAAUUAAGAAGCUAAUGACAUUAACCAGUCAAAGUAACAUGAAAUCAGAAAAAAUAAAUGAUGAACUGAGCAAGUUCUGGAAGAGAAGAAUGGAUAAUGGGGCGUCUUCUUCUGAGUCUAGUUCCAAAAGCGAAAAUUCGGACGACGAAGCCGAAAUCGAUUGUGGUGAAUUGCAGAGGGUAGGUGCAGUCUUUUUAUUGAUGAAUUGCAGCCCUUGUUGUUUAUUUUUAUUUUUUUUUAAAGGAAGUGGUAAAUCGUUACUGGAACCUACCUCUUAUUUCAAGGUUAUACUGGAAGCUGAGGAAGCGGAGAAUGAAGCCAUGCAAAUGAUAAAAGAUUCAAGGAAAAAUGGCAAGAAAACUGGUAUAUUUUCCAGAAUUUUCCGUCCUCGAUAGCUCUAUAGCUGCCAAUUAUUCACCACUUCAAUAUUUUACAGCAGAAUUAUUCUAAUGAAAAAUCAGGUGUAAUUGAAAUCACUUCAAAGUUAAAAUUAUUUGGGGUUAGCAUUUUAACUUUCGCACUACAGUAAGUGAGAGGUGACAUUAUUAUAAAUACAUUUGAAA